GGGGCCAAUGCGCAUAGGCGCCUCCUCUGUAAACAUGGCGGGCGGCCGAAUCGAGCGGCCGCCGCUUGCGCUCGGCGACGAGAGCGACGCGGCCGAACCACCGCGGCCGCCGCUGGGCGACGACGCGUUGCGCCGCGACGACGACGGCGACGAGGAGGACGACGAGGCGGAGGAGCGUGAUCGUCGAGACGGAACGGACGGAAUGAACGACGACGACGACGAAGACGACGACGACCUGGAGGACGAGGACGAGCAAGAUGGCGGGCCGGGCCUCGCGCUCGAGCGCUUCCUGGCGGCGCGCGCCACCGAGCGCGAGGACGACGAGACGCGCCGAGAGCGCAUGCGCGACGACGACGUCAUGCGCGCGCGUGCCGGUGGCAGUGGCGGCGCGCGCUCCUCGGGGGGCGUGUCCUUCGGGGGAUUUGUGGGCGUGGCUCGGGGGUCGGGGGGCGUGGCCGAGUUGGGCCCGCGGCGGCGAGCGGGGCCUCGCGGAGCCUCGGGGUCGCCCGUGUGGGACCGCACCACCGUGCUCAUCGAGGGCGGCGCCUGGCCGCUAGGCCACGCCGAGGCUUCGGCCCGCGCGUCGGGGAGUCGGCGCGGGGGAGAGGAGGGGAGGGACGACGACGAGGAGGGUGGAGACGACGACGAGGAGGAGGAGGACGACGACGACGACGGGAUCGGUGGCUACAUCGAGCACACCAUCUCGCAGGACCGCAUCCUCAUGACGCUCAAGCCCGGCGCUCACACGCCCAUGCCCGCCGACAUCCAGGGAGCCACGCUCACGCUGAGCGCGCAGUGCCCGCGGACACGGAGGAGGGAGGUGAAGCGCUACCAGUGCGCCUACGAGGGCUGCGAGCGCACCUACAGCACGGCGGGCAACCUGAAGACGCACGAGAAGACGCACCGCGGCGAGUACACGUUUGUGUGCGAGCAGACGGGCUGCGGCAAGGCCUUCCUCACCUCCUACAGCCGCAAGAUCCACGUGCGCGUGCACACGCGCGAGAAGCCCUUCGAGUGCGGCGUCAGCGGCUGCGAGAAAUCCUUCAACACCCUUUACCGGCUCAAGGCACACCAGAGGAUCCACACGGGGAACACGUUCAACUGCGACUCGGAGGGCUGCACCAAGUUCUUCACGACAUUGAGCGACCUGCGCAAGCACGUGCGCACCCACACGGGAGAGCGACCCUUCCAGUGCAAACACAGCGGCUGCGGGAAGGCAUUCUCCGUCAGCCACCACCUGCGCACGCACGUGCGCACGCACACGGGAGAGCGGCCGUUCCCAUGCCCCAGCGGCGGAUGCGAGAGGGCCUUCUCCAGUCAGCAUAGCCUCAAGAGCCACAUGAAGGGACACCCAUCUGGGGCCAGCCUCAAGUCAGAGGACAGCCAGAACGCAUUCUACCUGUCCGACUUCGACCCAAUCACCCCAGCCUCCGACAUCAGUGAGGAGACCCUGCAGAAGUGCCUGACGCCGCUUCGUGGACCAGGCGGUGGAACCGGACCUGACGACGGUGACUGUGGAGAGCAUCUUCGACUCCAUGUUCCAAACCGAAGACACUGGCUCCACGGGCGGCGACAGGGACCACGACCCGGCAAGUGCGGACAGCCCAACAGACGCCGGCUUCCCGCUGCCUGUGCUCCGAGUCAUUCAACCGCCACCGCCACCGAGUGCCAGCUCCCUGCAGCAGCUCGUGGUAGUGCGGCAAACGGACGGCGGCAGUACCGGAGGUGCCGGUGGCAGCAGCGCCAACAACGACGAGGGCAUUGACGUCCCAUACAAGUGGGUGGUGCAGAGCGAUUCUGGCGUCAUGGAGGUGGAGGGGAUGGAAGGCAGCUGUGCCAUCGAUGGCGUCGUCGCCACCAUCGUUGAGCAGGGAAGCGAGUGCAGCAGGUGGACCUGACGGAGCGGCC